AUGGCGAGUGCUUUUGAGGUUACUGUGCGGAGGGAUUCUGUGCUGGGGAUCUGGGGGGCCAAGAGGAGAGACCAUAGGAGUCACAAUUCAUACAUCCAUCAAUACGACACUGCAUUGGAUCAAUCAAAAGCCCAAGAGAGGUUGAGAAAAGACCUCUUUCUCGCCACAUAUGACUUUCACGCUUUCUCCGGCAGCAGCUCUUUCGUGGCUCUAGUGAAUGAGCCUGGUGCAAUCACAGGCUGCUCAAUCCGGCCUGAUACCGGCGACGUCCGGCGACCGUGUCCACGCUUUUCCGUGACCCAACUGGCUUCGGCUGUUACUGCGAGGAAGUCACCUUUCAUUGGCUGGCACUUUGAUUGGAUUGAUUUUAAGGCAGGCUGUUGA